CCCAUUUUACCCUUCACGAUUCUUCUAAAUUGCGUCUCUCCCCCUCCUCUGUUCUUCCCAAAGUCAAGCUCUCACCACUGUUUCUCUUCCAUAGAGCUCUGCAUCAAUGGCAUCUUCAAUCGCUCAGAUCUCUUUCUACCUUCUAAUUCUAACCUUUUUCUCAGAAACCCAUUUCGGUCUAUCCCUCAGAGACCUCAAAUCCGAUCCUAACCGUCCAUCCACCACAGCCCAAUCAAUUACAGACGUUCAUGACCUCCUCCCCAAGUACGGCCUCCCAAAGGGUCUGUUACCAGACAACGUAAAUUCCUACACUCUCUCUGAAGAUGGCAGCUUUGAGAUCUAUCUUGAAAGCCCAUGUUACGUGCACUUUGAUCAGUUGGUGUACUACAACAAGAACAUUAAAGGGAAACUGAGUUACGGGUCAGUGUCUGAUGUGUCUGGGAUUCAAGCGAAGAAGCUUUUCAUUUGGGUCUCUGUGACUGGGAUUCAGGUUGAUCAAGGAUCCGACUCCGUUGAGUUUUAUGUUGGAGCUUUGUCUGAGAAACUGCCUGCUAAACAGUUUGAGGAUAUUCCUGUAUGUAAAAGCAAGGCCUGCCAAGGAACUUAUGUAGACUCAAUCUGAGGAGCAAAACGCACAAGGAACUCACUGCAUGGAAGAAGAAUACAGUCGGCAGAUCUUUCGUUCUCUUCUUGCAGUCAUUUUAUGCUUCUUAUUGUUGCUUUUUCAAGUUGCGUCCAUACAAGUAGCCAAUAUAAGCAAAUAAAUGUGCAUAUGAAUUCUUGUCAGUAGUUAAAACACACAGAGAGAGAGAGAGAGAGAGAGAGAGAGAGAGAGAUUGGUGUUAUCUCUGUGUCACAACUACGGGCACUGAUGUAAACCUUGUGAGUAAUGAGUAAAUAUAUAAUGUAAAUUUCAUGCUUGUCAAUAAAUUAUUUUGUCAAUC